UUCAUUGCCUAAUCGUUAUCGCUACGCUAGGAAUAGGCCUAUAUUUACAUUACACUUUAAUAUGAGUGGUUUAUUUAUAAUCAUUAAAAAUAUUGAUGUGCACAAUACUUAUUAAAGGUUUAAAGAAGGAUUUGUUUCCACGUUUUGCCUUGGCGUUCAAAAAGUCAUGGGUUCAAUUUAGAGCCAACCACUGUUCAUUUCUUAUUUUCCCAAUAAUAUAUCUAGGCCUACUGUGAAUAUUUAUGUGACUCUGAAAAGGAAUAAUGGCGCAUGGAACGUCAGGUAGUAGCACAUCAUCACGGGCAGCUGUGAUGGGACGCUAUGUUGGAGGGGAUACAGAGUGGGAGGCCAAAGAAGCCCUGCGUCAACGGGAAUUGGAGGAAGCUCGUGCUCGGGCAGCUCAGAUGGAAAAGACAAUGCGAUGGUGGUCCGAUUGUACAGCUAACUGGCGCGAGAAAUGGAGCAAGGUACGAAAUGAAAGAAAUAAAGCACGCGAAGAAGCAAAAAUGCUUAGGUCAAAGUUGGAUGCAUCACUCAAAGAUAUUAACACUUACAAAAGAGAAAGACAGGAACUUGAAGCCCAGAACGAACAAAUGAGAAAGGAAUUGGAAAAAAUACAUCUUCUUUUGCUCAAACAUGCGGGGCAAUGGGACCAUAAGCUCCUCGAAGCUCUGGAAAGUGUUGAUUCGGAGAAAGAUAUCUCGACAGAUGACCACGCCAAUGAGAAUACUACCACUGGUGAAGACGACAGAACUUCGGCGGAAAAAGAUUCAGGCAUCGAAGAAUACGUGCUGCAGGGAGCUGUUCCAAAGCAUGCAGUAGAGCUGUAUGAUGGCAAGGACUCUCUGUUAGAGAGGGAUAUAGACUGUGACUCUAAUACCGUGGGAGACCACGACACGUUGAGCACAAUUGGUACAGACGCUGAGAGCUUGAUGAAGCGUACUUGCAAGAAAGAUGCUUUUGUGUCAUCUCCUGACGAGGAGGAAAUGCGGCAGAAAUUGUCAAUGCUGCAAUUGAGACUGGACGAGGCGACCAAAACACUCCAAGUUGAACGAGAGGAGAAGCUGGCACUUCACCGCAACCUAGAGAGAUUAGAAAUGGAACUGGCAGAGAGCAAGGAGAAGUGUGAGGACCUGAGAGUGUCUAGACAAGAGGCUGUUAGAGAACUGCUGCAACUACAGGACCAGCAUCAGGAUACUGUGGCAUUGAUCCAAGCAGAUCUUAUGGACGAGGCAACCAGUAGAGAGGGGAUGGACAGACGAUUAGCUGAUUUGAGAGCCCAGCUGGAGAGGCUGCAGGCAGAAAACGCAGCAGAGUGGGGCAAACGUGAGCGACUGGAAACAGAGAAACUCAACUUGGAGCGGGACAACAAGAAGCUGCGAAGUGAGCUGCGCGAUGCCCAGGAGCGACUGGAGAGACGAGGACGUCCAACAACCACUGCGGACACAGAACUGCGACAACUACAGCAGGAAGUGUCUGAUAGGGGCAAGGAAUUGGGUGACCUGAAGCAUUCGCACAGUAAGCUGAAGAAGAUGGUGGCAGACAAGACAACAGAGCUGGCCCACGCGGUGCGUCGCGCGGAACAGUACGAGACUGAGGUGAAGAGGCUCCGUUCUCGGGUGGAGGAGCUGAAGAGAGAACUGGCCGUAGCAGAGGACGAGAUAGACUCUGCAACCAACAAUAUCAGGAAGCUUCAACGAUCAAAUGAUGUCCUUCAAGAACAAGUCCAGGUUCUAGAAGUUCAAGUCAAACACCUUCAAACUAGUAAGGCGGAGGAAUCGGAAGUUGAUGACGGAGAGGAAGGAGAUGAAGAACCUAGCAGCGGAACACGAGUAUCUCACAUCGCAGUCCCGUCUUGAGGACUGAUGAAGCCAGCGACGACGACUAGCCUGUGCUUCCUCCAACUUCAGUUAGGUUAGGUUAGUCAAAAAUGUACUUGCUGACAUCCCACAUUGGGAAACUUGUAGAGUAUUGUAUAUCAAUAGUUCUGCCUAAAACUUAAACAAGUUUAAGUAUCCGAAUGUGGAAUCUCUUGUUAAUUUUCAAGGGGAGUUUUCAGGUGUUUUAGAUCGCGAAAGAAGUCAUUUUAUGCUGAUAAACUGCAGCUUGUGACUAAGCCAGGUCUCGUGUUGGCCAGGCAUUCCAAGUCUUACAGGUUCAAAGACCACCUUGGCCAAUAAUCUUCUUAAAAAACAAAAGUCAAAACGGGAUUUAUUAUAGUGAAUCCGUGAUUAGGAAUGGCCUUCCAUUUAAUAAUAUAUGUAAUUUUUUUAGACAGUGCCAAUAAAAAAAAAAUUGUGUAGCUCCCACAUAAAAAAAAACAUUUACAAACAUCCACUAAUCGCUGUGAGCUCAAAAUUCUAAGUACUGUAAUUCCUGUAUCGAUUCAUUGAUAUGAUUUAUCAAUCUUUUGAUUAGUUAUUAGAUGUAAUGUUGGCAAGUGGAGGUGAUAAUGACGUGUCCUUGUUUUGGUUAGGAGCUAAAUUCCAUAUGAUCAUCUAUUAUUACAUAAUGUUUAUGUACAUGGAAAAAAACAUGUAUUCAACUAAUUUUGAAUUCAUUGUGUUCAUUGUAUGUGUUCUUUAUUGUAUCUUAUCUUGUGUUUUCACUGAUAAGUGUAAGUGCACAAAAUAUUGUUUCUUAUAAACACAAUAUUCCAGUCUUAUUUUAAUCGACGACUUCAUUCCAGUUGUACCUUAUUGUUCCUUUGAUAAGUUAUAUCUUCCAUCACAUUGAUAUAAUCAAUAAUAAGUCAAAAGAUGUGAUAGUUCCAGCAAUCUUUAGCAUAUAGUGAGUAAUGUUAAUUAUGUUAAAGCUGUACUUUUAGUAUUUUGGAUCAACGACUAAAUAUUUUUGGUUGGGUUAGUCACAGUGGAUAAUAUUUUAUUACUCUUCCAUUAACAACACAUUUUAAUUUAUGUUUUGUAUAAGGCUGCAAAUGAAAAGUAUUAAUUUUAAGAUAGGCUUUCCAAAAAUCUAAAUGUUGUAUCUAUUUUUCACUUAACACAUUCAAAUCAGAAUUAUAUUAUGGUACAAUCAUAUACUUUCAAUACAUGAGUUCUUGUAUAGCACAAACCUAGCCAUUGCUAGCUAUAGAUUAAAAACCAAAUAUUUGAAUCAAACACUUAGAUUUUAUCAGUGGUUUGAACUCUAUAUGUAGGAUGAACGGGUAUUUUACAUUAUGUUUUAUAACAGGCAUGCAGUUAGUACAUAUUUGUAUGUAGUUGUGUUUCCUCCAUAAAAAUAACAUUGGAAUGGAAUUUUAAAUAUAAAAAAAUUAAACUUUUUAAAAUGUUAAAUUUAAAAAAAAA